CUAACGCGUUUUAAAUAUGACAGAGCGUUCUAACACGAAAGAAAUUGUUAGAUGUAGCUGGGCAAACAAACAUCCGCUGUAUAUCACAUAUCACGACGAGGAAUGGGGAAUCCCUGUUUAUAACGACAUACGUUUAUUCGAAAUGUUAUGUUUAGCAGGUCAACAAGCCGGUCUGUCAUGGAUUAUUAUCUUGAAGAAAAGAAAUAAUUACAGACAAUUGUUUCAUAAAUUUAAUCCAUACAAAAUAGCUAAAAUGACUGCAGCUGACGUCGAAAAACUUUUAAAGGAUCCGUCUAUUCUCAGAAAUAAAGGAAAAAUACAAUCAAUAAUAAAUAACGCAAAGUGUUUCAUAAAAAUGGAAGAAAAUGGUGAAGAUUUUUCAAAGUUUAUUUGGAGUUUCGUCAAUAACAAACCAAUUAUACACGAUUGGAAAACUAACCAUACCAUUCUCACCCAAAGUCAAGAGUCUGCAGCUAUGUCGAAAGGUUUAAAGAAAAUUGGGUUUAAUUAUAUAGGUACAACUAUUUGUUACGCUUUUAUGCAAUCGGUUGGGAUGAUUAACGAUCAUAUAAUGGAAUGCGAAUUCCGUAAACAAAAUCUUGAUUACACCGCAUGAACUUUAUUACAAUAAUUAUAAGCUUCCCUGAAAAUUUAGUGAUCCUAGAAAUGUAACAACCUUGUUAAAUGUCACUUUGAAUUUAAAAAAUAUAUAUUGCGAUGUAUCUUUGUGAUUGCGAUAAGUGAUUAUGUGAGGGUGAUUGUGAAGUACAUGUAUGUACAACUGUUAACAUUUAUAACUUUAUUAUAAUAUGAAAAAUACAUUGUGCUUUUAGUUGCCUUUAAAAACAGAAUAUACUUAACGAUAUCUGCAACUAACCUAA